AUGGACGACCUCGACUCAGACAUCGCCUCCAUCCGGCGCGAAAUCCGCGCCCUCAACCGCCGCCGCCGCUUCCUCACCUCCAGCCUCCUCUCCUCCUCCAAAUUCCAAAAACGCCUCCAAACCCACCAAACCACCUCAGCCCUCUCCGUCUCCUCCCUCAACGAUGACGUCUCGCCCCUGGCCCAAUCCGCCGGAAAACACGCCCGCCUGAACCACCACCGCGUCGCCUUCUCCGCAACCACCUUCCCAUUCAAAGACCCCGCCCCCAACAGCCCGCACCCGAACCUCCUCGGCGUGCGCAUCGACAUCUGCGCCCGCAAUGGCCGCUACACAAAACCGUACUACAUCCUGUUACGGCGGCGCGCGGAAAAGAACCUCCAAGUACACCGACACACCAUCCCCGCUUUUAUCUCGAUGGAGCGCCUCGAGCGACUCUACCUGCCUGCCCCGCGACAUGUUGACGGCGACGAGGGGAGCGAGGAGGCCGCGUUGAAGCCGUGGAAGACGGCGCAGCGGCAACAGGAUCUGCGCGGGCUGGUGCGCGAGUUGCGUCGGCAGUUGGUCGCAUGGCAUCUGCGCAUGGAUGCGGUGAAUUACCUGCGGGAGACGUUGGGGGUGGUGCAACGAAGUGUCGGCGAUUAUGAUGAUGAGGGGUUGUGGGAACGGGAUGUGUUCUGCCAGGAUGGGCCCGGGGUCGAGACGCGGCUGGAGACGAAUGAUUUGGGCAUUGUGUCAUUGUCGGCGACGGCGUUGGAUGCGGCGUAUGUGCGUGUGGAGUGGGCAGAUGGCCGGGUUGGUCGGUUUAAGAUCUCUGCGGCUGGGGCUGUGGAGCGCGCGGUCGUCAUUGGGGAUCAUGGGCGGGACAAGUUGUUCGAGAGUGUGUUGACUGGGGGUGAUGGUCGCGUAGAGACGGUUCUUGAUCGGUUACGGAAGCUGACAGCGUCGAGGGCCGCGGAGAAUGACUGA